UUUCUCCUUCAUAGGAGAUACAAUAACUGUGCAGUAUCUCCAAACUUUUCUCCUUCACAGCAGAUACAAUAGCUGUGCAGUAUCUCCAAACUUUUCUCCUUCACGGCAGAUACGAUAGCAGUGCAGUAUCUCCAAACUUUUCUCUUUAUCUUUCACCUUCAUAGCAGAUACAGGAGCCCAGUGCAGUGAAGAUGAGUACCAACAAUACCCCCAAGAAUGUUGGAGGGCAGAGAAUCAAGGGAGAGCUCAACGAACAAGGUGCUAAAUUAAGGGCCAACACCAUCAUCCGCAUCAAAGAAGCUUGAGGAGUCUCCGAGCUUAUCGACAUUUUCCCGAGGGAGAUCAGACCCACCGAUCAGCUUGGUAGCACUACACUUACUAACCUCCGCACCAUCUCCAACCUAUGCCCCAAUCUGAAGAAAGCUCAGAGUGAGAUGCUUAGGAUCUGCAGGAACCCUGAUGGAACCUACAAAGUUUUCAGCUUCAGUCAGAGCAAGGCGCUCAUGGAGCAACUCAAGGAGGCGAAGAGCUUGCUUUCUGCAGGUGACAAUCAGUCUGCCAAGAAGGAAGGAGCUACCCCGAGUGCUGCCACUCCAAACAGUCCUGCCAGAUUUGAUUCCCCUGCUGCUUCACCAUCAUCCCAUCAUCCUACUGAAAGUUAAGCAAUUCACAAUUCAAAAAUCCCAGCCAAGAAUUGUUUGCCUCCAUUGGAAAAGCUUCAAAGCAAUCUGCCGCCGAAGAAUACGACGAGGGAAACUCUAUUGUUGUCGAUAUGACUCCGAGAAUAAAAUCUGAGGAGGAAGAUAGAGCCUCUCUCGAUCAAGAGAAGCAUGGACAGGCCCCUACACCAACGAUGGCGACCACAGCUCCUGUUGCCAUCAUGACCACCGAAGGUUCCCAGAGCCCUACCAAGGUGGCCACAACGCCUGUUGCUGUCAUGUCCACCGAAGGAUCCCAGGCCGCUGGUUCGAGAGCAAAUCCUCUCGAGAUCCCCAAGAUCGAUGUUGAUAGCCAUGAUUCAGAUUCCGAUGAGUAUGAUCCUGAAGACACGUUAAUCAUCCCUGGUUUCCCCUGCCAGCUGAACCGCAGUACAUCACCUGUGAAAGCCGCAGAUAACGGCUCUGGAAAGGCAGCUGAGAAGCCUGCUGAAAGCCGAUUGACUUCUUUUGACACGACCGGCUUAAGUGUUGUUCCAAGCAGAUAUAUACGACACCCUUUCAGCAACAAGAACAAGAUGCGUCUUGAACAGAGUGAAACUUCCUCCAACCCACCAACCAUCGACAAACCUGCCAUGACCAAAAAGCCUUUCACAAACUUGAUGACCUCUACUGCUCCCAAGAAGAUCACGACUUUCGAACCACCCAAGCAGCGCAUUCAGAAACCUGGAGAUACGAAGAAGGAGGUCGGACUCGUUAUUCACUCCGAAUCAGGAAUUCAGAACACCGAUUCUAACAUGUGUAUCCAGAAGCUCAAGAAGCCUCAACUCGACAACAUCAUUUCUCCAGCUGAAGUCAGCAACGUCAUAAGCAUCAUGGAAGACACUCCGCAGGACCAGCAAGUCAACGAGGUCGAGGUUAUAGACCUAACUACUACAACUACCAGGACCAAACGCUCCACCUCGUCAAAAAAGCGUACCGCCUCCACCAUGCUCCGCGCCGCCGACGAGCCCAACCCCCAAGCCGAGCGUUCCGUCCGCGCCCGCCUCCUCCAACACGCCGCUCCCUACAACAGCUCCAGAGCCAUCUCCGACAUCCUCCAAUUCGAGCAUGUCAUCAUCACCAUGACGGAGGCUGCUAUCGGUUCUGUCACCGUUUCGUCGUUUGCUGGUGCUGGUGCGGACGAGAAGACUGAGGAGUGCAAGGAGAAGUAUUUGGGGUUUUUGACUUCGUUCAUAGGCAGUGUUGGCAGUCUUAAGGGGGAGCUGCUGGAGAUUGCUGAGAGGGAGGAGUAGGGGGUUGAUCUCGGUUUGUUUUCUGCUGGGGAGGCCCGGAUGGGUUAUGGGAGAUGAGUAUAUGAGUCGCUGGAGUAUUGAGAUACGGUUUUAGUUCAUUUCUGUGGUCUUCACGGAUAGGUUAUGGGGUAUGAGAAUAUGGGGCGCAGGGGUGUUGAGGCAUGAUUUCUGAUUUUCUGUGGUCGACGCAGACACGUUAUGAGGGAUAAGAAUAUGAAACACUGGAG